AUGUCAGUAAACACCCAUAAGAGCGAAAUUAACAUCUGAAAAGAUACAUUAAAAGGAAAAGUUUUCAGCCAAAUAGAAACAAAAGGUGUUUGGUUUCAGGUAAUUAAGGCGAUUGCUGUAGCAAUACCUCAAGGUUAAGAUAAGAAAUACAUUGUAUAUAAAGAGGAUGUUUGGUCAAAGGUGACUGUUUAAAUGCAAAUGUAGUUAAUGACCUGCCGCAAUAAACCACCUUUUCAGUCUCUUGUCUGGUAGUUUUGCAUUUUAAUAGGACAAAUCACCUGUAAGUCGGUCUGCAACACUGCUGCGCCUUAACCGUUUGCAAAUAGGAAACAAUACUUUAUGUGCCCGCAGUCAUGCCCCUUAGUUUAUUUUUCAGUUUUGUUUAUGCUGUUACACCUAUCCUCUUCCCGCCUCCACCCUCGUGACCUUAGGCAGAACUUAGCACAGGCUUCAGCGUUACUGUAAAAAGGCUUAGUAAUCUUUGCAACAUUCAAAAACUUGAGUAUUUUGUAAACAUUUUACACAGUCAUCAGGUAAAAGUGUCAAACUUAGUGGCAUGCUUUCUGUGAGGAUGCUGAUUAAUAGGGAAUACAUGUAGUAAUGUAGUUACAACAGAAAAUAAAAUCACUUCAAUUAAUGGUCUUGUUGCAUUUAGGGAAAGUAUAUGAAAACAGAACACUUAAAAAUCUCCAAGUUGGGGGUGGGGAGAGGGAAAGUCUAAGGUCAUAUGGGGAAAUCAAGAAAUUUAUAUUGAAAUCCGUCUUCCUAAACUUGAAUCAGGCAAAAACAAGUCACUUAGCCAAUCACAUUUUGCGCGCGCCUUUUCAAAAGGAACACAGGAAAGGCAGUUUAAGCGCCAAAAUUUACAAUUCUUAUCAAGCGAACAACACACGUCUGUGAUAAUUUGUGCGGGGAUAAAGCCACAAUAUUGGGAAAGUGACGGUUUAAGGACGAUAGAGGCGAAAAACGGUAGAUAGAAAACCCCUUCUGAAAGGGUGCUUGGGAGGAAAAAGUUAAUUUUCGGUCUUAAGCCACCGGAAGUCCCACCUAUCCGGAAAUGAUCGCCGCUAGCAAUAACUUUACACUGAGGCUUGAUGGACAGAUAGCUGGUCCAAUCAGAGCGGGACUGGCCUUAUAUAUACUGGUUGAGCUCCCACUCUCCCCUUCAUCCCCAGCUUGUCCUCUCCUUGCUUUGCAAUGGCUCGUACCAAGCAGACGGCGCGCAAGUCGACGGGCGGGAAGGCGCCCCGCAAGCAGCUGGCCACCAAGGCCGCCCGCAAGAGCGCGCCGGCCACGGGCGGCGUGAAGAAGCCGCACCGCUACCGGCCCGGCACCGUGGCCCUGCGCGAGAUCCGGCGCUACCAGAAGUCCACGGAGCUGCUGAUCCGCAAGCUGCCCUUCCAGCGCCUGGUGCGCGAGAUCGCGCAGGACUUCAAGACCGACCUGCGCUUCCAGAGCUCGGCCGUCAUGGCGCUGCAGGAGGCGUGCGAGGCCUACCUGGUGGGGCUGUUCGAGGACACCAACCUGUGCGCCAUCCACGCCAAGCGCGUCACCAUCAUGCCCAAGGACAUCCAGCUCGCGCGCCGCAUCCGCGGCGAGAGGGCGUAACUGUUACCCAAAGCUCAACGAAAACCCAAAGGCUCUUUUCAGAGCCACCCACAACUUCAAUUAGAAGUGCUGUAGGCAAAAGGGUGGGACUUAGUCACCUUCAGGGACUCGGCUUAAUCAGCUCGUAAUUUUAAGGUAACUUAUGUUUGAUAAAGGUUUUUUCUACCAUAUUUAUCAGAUGUAGCCGAAAUCCUCUCUAAGUGCUGUGUAAAUCCUCACUCUUUGGGACACUUGACAAGCAAACCCAAACGCCUCCAGGCGAGGCGUGAGUGUAAUUUUGCAUAAUCAGCAAAGGGAGAGCUCCUAGCCUCGGGCAAUUGGUAAACAACAGGUAGGAAGUCGCUCAGGGCAUAGAGUCAAAGUAGCUUAGCGCACCGUUUUCACCCCGAAGCAAGACUGGUGAAAUGAGACUUCAACGUGUGUAUGAAAAGGGUUAUAAGG